AUGGGUGGUGAUAGUUCAAAAUUACGCUCAUCAACAAGUGUCCAUGAAAAGCUGCCGGCUAUCCGUCUACCCGGUUCGGCCAGUUACUACGAAGGCAUGUACAAAGAUUGUGAUCCAGUAAAUCGAGUACGGAAUGGCAGUUCAAGUAGUCGAGGUGGCACGAAGCAUCCGUUGUCGGUUAAAGCACGGCGACUGAUUACGAGUUGCUUUGCGAAUCCUCACGAAAUGGUUGGUAAACGGAUCAUGAAACGGUCAUGUGAUUUGAAGGACGAGUUUGCCACCUUCUAUACCUCUUUGGAGUUGGAGCAACGUGAAGAUUUAGAGGAUAGCAUCAAGAUUCUCCUUAAGAAAGUUGUCACGAAUAUCGAUUUUGUCGACGAGGUGACACGGUUGUCAGAAGAAUUCGGUCAACGCUUUGUCGAGCUGCGUGCCCAAGGCUUUCGAGCGGAUUAUUUUGCCAUUUUGGCCGAUGCCACUAUUAAGGAAUGUACACAUUUGGAUUCAGCCGUGCACAAAGCUCACACAACUACUCAGGCCUUCUCCCAAUUCGGUGCAAUGGUAUUCUCUUCGGUACGUGAUGGUUUCUAUACGGAAGUUCGACGGAUACGUCGUGCAUCGAAUUCGUUUUCGAUUGGGUCGAAUAGCAGUACGAGAAGGAAGAAGAUGUCUGAUGGUGAUGCCCCACGGAGUGCAGCUGGAUCACCGCGAUUGUCGAUUUCGCAUCGUGAUUGUCGGCGUUCUGCUUCACCAGAAUCUGGUGACGAGGGAAGCACAGAAGACCUCGGUCAUGACAUUUUCCUCAAACCUCCGAGCAACAUGCUCACCGCACGAUCCUACUGA